AUGUAUAUGGGUGUAUUUGCAGAGUCUGUCCUCAACAAUAGCAAAAACAACAACAACCAACACGUGCUUAAAGCCUUCCGCUACGCUCAGUUCAAGACUAUGUCAAUCAAACAAUUUAUGGUCGCCAAACUCCGGUCUCCGGAGUGUCGCGUGAAGCGACCAAAGGGCGCUAAUCGAGACUCGGCGGACGCAUUCAGUAAACAGCGAUCGGCACGUAACUUCCGUCGGCAGGUGGACUAUGAUCAAACAGUUUACAAUGAGAGGCAAUUUAGACGGGAGAUACGAAAGCGGAAGGUAGUAUAUAAGGUCGGUGGUUUCAAGCUUUAA